GCUAGCAGCCGCGUACCCUGCUCCUCUCCGACAUGGCAAAAAGACCCACAGAGACUGAGCGUUGCAUUGAAUCUCUGAUUGCUAUUUUCCAAAAGCAUGCUGGAAGGGACGGUAACAACACGAAAAUCUCCAAGACCGAGUUCCUAAUUUUCAUGAAUACAGAGCUGGCUGCCUUCACACAGAACCAGAAAGACCCUGGUGUCCUUGACCGCAUGAUGAAGAAAUUGGACCUCGACUCUGAUGGGCAGCUAGAUUUCCAAGAAUUUCUUAAUCUUAUUGGCGGCCUGGCCAUAGCUUGCCAUGACUCCUUUAUUAAGUCUACCCAGAAGUAAAUCUGAGGAGCCUUUGGGCCUGGCCUCCAGACCCACCCCUUUCCUCCUAGUCUCCCAGGUAUCAUCUGUUCCUCACAGCCCACACAUACUCUGAGCCCAGCACACCCACCACCCCAUGCAGGCCACGCCUGCUGGUCGUAAUAAAGCAGUAUCGUUUUUUAAAGC